AUGGGUUGCGUCGAGGAGAGAAAGGUGUUAUAUGCUACUUAUAUGCUGACAGGGGAUGCAGAGAUGUGGUGGCACGGAGCUCGUGCUAUGCUGGAGGCCCGAGGUGAAGUCAUCACUUGGGCUGUACUUAGAAGUAGUUUUCUGGGAAAGUUUUUCCCUUCCCAUGUUCGUGCUGCCAAAGAGCGGGAGUUUCUAAACUUGGUGCAAGGAAACUCAUCAACCUAUGAGUAUGCAAUACAGUUUGAGCGACUUUACAGAUUUUAUGCUCACCCAACCUCGGAGGAGUGGAGAUGUCAAAGGUUUUUAGACGGGCUGAGAACUGACAUAAAGAGGAUUUUGAUCCCACUUAGGAUCACGGAAUUUGCUAACUUGGUGGAUCAAGCCACCAUUAUAGAGAGUCUUAAUGCAGAGGAUGUUGGUGGAGUUGGGAAGACUCCAUCUAGUAGAGCUGCUAGUAGCUAUGGUAAUGGAAGUAAGGGUGUUAAGAAGGGCCCUUACAGUCGGUCGCUACGCCAACAGUAG